AUGAGUUAUAAAAAAACAAAAAGUGAUAAUUUGAAAGAUGGAGAUAUACCAACAAUAUUCAAUCCGAAAAGAGUUAGAACACCAAGCGUUGUUAUAACUGAUGAUGAAAAUUCUAGAAAUGUAUCAAACGGACCGUUAACAAAUCCAACAAAUACUCAACAAACGGAAUCAGAUGGAAAUAAUUCAAAUAAUCAAGAAAUAACACAAACGUCUCCUAGUUCGUGUGGUUUUUGGCGUAAGGUUGUAAAUUGUAAAAAUUCUUGUUGCUCAAAAUCAGCAAAAAAGGUAUACUGUGGUAUUUGGGUGACAAUGUGCGUGACAGCGACAUGGGUCGGAGCAACUCAUUGUAUAAAAUACCUCCUUCACGAAAAAAAAUCUUCGACUCCAGCAUUUCAAAGUUCUAAUUUUAGCCUUCAAUCCAGUUAUAUUGUGACUUACGAUGCUCCUUUUUUUACAACAUGGUUCAUAACCAAUUGGACAAUCUUAUUUUUUCCACUUUAUUUUAUGGCAAAUUUAAUUAAAUCCAAGUGCAAUUCCGUUGGGAAAAUAGUUAGCGAAAGUUUUAGAAAUUUUAGGGAUAAAGGUUUUACUGCAACGAGGUUUCUAACAAGAUGCAGUUUGUUUUGUUUGUUAUGGGUGGCAACUAAUUACAUGUACGUUCAUUCUUUAAAAAUACUUUUGGCAACUGAAGUCAUGGCACUUUUUGCAACAAACGUUUCUUGUGUUUACAUGUUGUCUUGGGUUAUUUUACACGAACAAUUUGUCGGAGUCAGAAUAGUGGCAGUUAUACUUUGCGAUACCGGCAUCGCUUUAUUAGCCUACAUGGAUGGCAUAAAUGGUAGUCCGACUUUAGGUGGUGUCGUUUUAGCAGCAUGUGCAGGUGGCGGUUCGGCAAUUUACAAGGUUUUGUUUAAAAAAGUCAUCGGUGAGGCGAGCUACGGUCAAGUUUCGCUUUUCUUUUCUUUGAUCGGAUUGUUCAACGCGACCCUUUUAUGGCCUUUGUGUUUGACUCUUUAUUUCACAGGCGUCGAAAUAUUGUAUUGGAAUCUUUUACCCUGGUCAGCACUUUUUGGUGCCAGUUUGCUAUCACUCGCCGCUAAUCUUUUAGGAAAUUUCAGUUGUGCCGUCACAUAUGAUUUAUUCAUAACACUUGGAUUGAUAACAGCUGUUCCAGUAUCAGCAGCCUUGGAUGUCAUGUUUUACGAUGCAAAAUUCGAAGGUAUGAAAUUGGCAGGGAUCAUCCUUAUAUCCAUCGGAUUUUUUCUGGUCAUGUUUCCAGAAAACUGGCCAGAUUAUAUAACACGACUUCUAAGGUACGUCUCAUGA